CUCCAUGCUUCGUGUUCACGUACAUAUGGAGGUCUCUUCUAGUUUAUGUCUCGCAAGGCCGAACUCCUGCCGAGCUGAACGAAGUUGGACCAUGUCUCGCCUGCAUUCCUACCGCAACCUGCAUUGACAUCCACGAGUUCUCACGCAGCAACAGUCAACGAUUGGUCGGAAUUUAUCCCGUACAAUAUCAAUCAGUCGCGAGCCUUCCCAAGCAUUACCCGAUCGUUCGGUACAACGGAAGAGGGGCUUCAUUUUCAGACGCUGACCUAAUCCGCCUUGCAACAGCCAUGCUGGAGGUAAUCUACGUUACCCGCCAUGGAUUCCGAUCCAACUGGCUCGUUGACCCGUCAAACGGCAACUACACCAACUAUCUCAGGUCUCCCACGGGCGGAGCAGCCGACCCGGCCUUGACGGCGCAUGGCGUCGACCAGGCCAACGAACUGGCGGCGAGGCUGUUAGCCGUGGACCCGCCCAUUGAGCGUGUGUACUCCAGCUUGUAUUAUCGAUGCCUACAGACUGUUGAACCCUUUGUCCGCAAGGCCCAGGAGGCGGCGUCGUCGAGGGCUGGAGGUGAGCCGGGGCACCUGAGAAUUCGGGGCGAGACCGGGCUCGGCGAGUGGUACGGCUCGGCCGAUUUUGAACACCCGGUCCCUGCGAGCCUCGGGAAGCUUGAGGAGCUGUUCCCGGGCCUUCUCGAUCCGAGUUAUAGCCCGGCGAUAACGCCGAACCGACUGGGCGAGAGCAUCGAGGAGCUACAUGACCGCGUGGCGGCAGUAAUGGAGGCGGUGAUCGCCGAGUGUGACAGGGAUGGCGUACGCGCAAUCUUGUUGUGCACGCACGCCGCUGUCAUCAUCGCGUUGGGGCGUGUCUUGACCGGGAACAUGCCGGACAAUUUUGAGGUAGACGACUUCAAGUGCUUCACCUGCGGGCUAAGUGCAUAUCGACGACGCCGGCAGGACUUGGGAGCCGAGGAGAGGGGUGUUGGCUCCGCGAUGGAGGGCACGGCUGGACGCGAUGCCGAUCGUCGCAGCGAGGACGGCGCGGUGGCCGGUUGGAAAAGCGGACGAGGGGUGUCCGGGGGCUGGGACUGCGAGCUGAACAGCGAUUGUACCCAUCUUAGGCUCGGAGAAGAGCGUGGAUGGUCGUUUCAUGGCGACGAGUCAUUCAAGGACACGGUGACGGGCCAUGGCAUGCUCGAUACUACAACACGAAUGCCACCCACCUCAAAUGGCGAAAGAAAGGCGCACGGAGCCCAAGCGGAUAGUCCCCGGGGCAAAUUAUAACGCGGCCGGGAAGCACCGUCUGGUGCGGACAAUGUGCCCCUUGAGGGAUGUACUUGGCGUGCCCAUGUCCGGGAAAUACCCAAGUCUGCAAUUGCGACGGUUUGCGCACCGAGUAUGAACGCAUCCCUCCGGUGAAGUCACCGAGGCUAAGAACCAUGAGCUCGUCAAGGAGUGCUAGUCGCGACACUGGAAUGCAAGAUGCGCGGCUCUGCCCUCCUCGUGAAGUUGAGGAAGUCGAUUUGGAAAGGCUGGAAUGCCGGCCUCGGCACCGUCACAGCGUUGACAGUGCAUAGAUGACAGCCUUCCCGGAUCCAUGCCAGGUCCAACGAACUGCUCCUCUGUGUAGUAUACACGGUGGUGUAGUCUGGUGUUGUGUAGAAGCGGUGGGGUUGGAUAGUUUACUCGGUUAAUGAACCUCGGCGAGCUGGCGGAGCUCGACAACAAUGGUGUUUGAGUGUCUCCUGGGGUCCUAUUAGACAGUCUCCCUAGACGUUAAGCCAGCACCACACAAGGCAUUUUCUUUUUUUCCCAUCUGGGGCCGAAGCAGCAAAGAGCAUGGCGAAAUGUCUUGGGUGCCACACUCCCAUCAAGGUCACAUGCCUGGUCUCAAAAGGCGCGAUUUGAGCUGGUACAUACCUAGGUAUGCACGUCUGUACAAUGUAUACGACUUGACAAGGAUGUGCUCAGGAUCAUUCCUUGCACGAUAGUGGAGGCCACAGAUCUGUAGCCUAGAACUUCAUAAGGCGCGAGUGGCGCCCGGCGUCUGAACCCAAGUCAAGGCUCGGGCGGCUUAUACCAUCGACGGCGGGGAGAAGAAUCUGACCCACCGAUAAUCAGUACUU